AAAGAUCGAGCGCGCGCAAACUAGCUCCGGUUUUCUUCAGAAAUCAGCGCCGCCGUCCCGCUGCUGGUGCCGAGGGAGGAGCAGUCCCUUUCUCACCGAGGCUCUCUGGUCCUCCUCCUCCUCCUCCUCCUUCUCCUUCUCCUCCUUCGCCCCUCGAUCUCCAGACCAGAAGCUGGUCCCGCAGCAGCUGGCAGGAUGAGCGCGGCGUGCAGCAGCUACCUCGGCGCGGACGGCGCGCUCGUGGAGGGUUUCUCGUGCCCCAGACCGGGCAACGCGAUCGACGCUCUGUUCUGCUGCGGAUUCAACGAUGUCAAGUAUUGCUGCGACGAUCCCAACAGCUUUUUCCCCUAUGAGUACAGAUACAUGUGGUGGCUGAGUGUCGGCGCUCUGGUUGGUCUAUCCAUUGCAGCAGUGGUCCUUCUCGCCUUCCUCAUCACCGUAUGCGUCCUCUGCUACCUCUUUAUUGCAUCCAAACCGAGGCCUCUUGACAACGGCCUCCCCCUCAGAGCGCCAGCGGCGGGAAAUCCGAGCGAGGGUUCCGGUGCUGUGAGAGCGGCCUGUGCCUCCGGUCCGCAGGGAUUCAGAAAGCACUUCAUGAGCAGGAAGUUGGAUUGCGACAACCAGCCGCCAGAUCCCGAGAUCAUGUUCCAGAGGUGCUUCACAACUCCGGCCAUGAAAGAGGGAAAUCCUUAAUAGGCCUCUUGGUAGAGACGGGCCGUCGCGCCGGAGAUGGAGGACAGUCGGGGGAAUCUGCAGGUGGACAACGUUGACGCGGCGCGACGCAUGGAGGAGAAGUAGCAGAAACCAUAUUAACUCCAAAGUGCCGAGCUCUGAAAAGUCAUACAUGCAUUUCUUUCCUCACUAAAUAUUCUCCUCCUCGUGACUGUGCAGCAGUCAUCAAGGAAGUGGAGGGACAUUACAGUAAUUAUCCACCAUCCAGGCAGACGAGAGGCUACAUUAGUGCAACCGGGGGGGCAUAGUGCUUUGAAUCAGUUUAAACAUACACCCUGGUAGUAGAGUAGGGUGCUGUAAACUGA